AUGGUUAUUCAAGAUCGAAAGGGUGAUAAGAUUCAUGUGACCACUCAGAACCGAGACUUCCAAGAUUGGAUUGAAGUUGUCAAGGAGCAUGAGACAUUUUAUCUUUAUAAUGGAGAGCCGGUUGAUAACGAUGGGCCUUUCAAAGUUUGUUUUAAUCCACUCCAGCUCAUCUUCAAUGGAGGUACCACCAUGACAAAAGUUGAUAUUCCUGAAAUACCAACUCACAAAUACAAUUUUCACCCUAUUGAGCACUUUCUCAAAGGAAACUACAAGCAUGAUAUGUUGUAUGAUGUUAUCGGGGUAUUGCAAGAUGUUUUGAAGACCCAGAUAGGAGGUGGUGGUAGGAAAUCUUGCGUCAAUAUCACAUUACGUGAUGUCGAAGGCAAUGUUAUCGAGCUGGCGUUAUGGGGUGAUUACAGAAAGCAGUUCAUCAACUACACUACCCCUAACAACUUUUCUGGUCCUACUAUUAUAAUCUUGACACAUGCUUGGUGCAAGAUAAAUACAGUCUUUGGUUUACCAUCGCUGUCCAACACAUGGAACGGCUCUAGACUUUACAUUAAUUUGGAGCAUCCACGGGUUGAUGAAUUCAGAGCUAGUUUUGGAGAAACUGUUUUUUCCAACAUACCUGCCCCUUCCCAAUCAUUAACUGCUGAUUCAUCCAUUCAAUCUACUAACAAUUUAUGGACUAGCUUGGGUGAGGUCAAGAGUAUAUGUGCAAUCUCUGAAGCCGCAAAGGAUUGUUUUGCAACCACUAUUGGGAUGACCACGGGUUUUAAUGUCUCCAAGUUUGGAUGGUAUUUUGAAUCAACUGGAAAUGCGGAUCCUGAACCCGUUACCAAAUUCAAACUUGAAGUUGAAUUAGAGUAUGAUGGACAUAAGGGAAUCUUUGUUUUUUGGGAUAAGGAUAUUAUUCCUUAUACUAAGUUGACUGCUAAGGAAUUAAGGGAAGUUAUGAAGAAGGAUGGAGAGGAUAACCCUAAGAUUUGGCCUACUCACCUUGAUGUUCUGUUGAAUAGAAAAUUAGCCUUUCGUAUCAAGUACCAAUUGCAAUACCAACGAUUCUCUAUCGUGAAAAUACUUCACGACAACGACCUUUACGAUAAGUUUCACAACUACCUCACCCCAGAUGAGAAUACACCAAAUGCUGCUGUUAUGGAAAUCGACACCACUUCUCCAACUAUUAAUCCAAACAAAAAGCUCACACAAACUUCUGAACAAUCAAUCGGUGCUGUCCCCGAUUCUGUUGCUCAGCAUGAGGGGAGUCCUUUUGCAAGCAGCAGUACCCCUGCCAAGAGGGUUGCUACGUCAACCUCAGUUAACGAACUCAUCGAACAAGAAUAA